AUGAAGGUUUCGGUAUACUUGAUUUCUGCCAUUGCAGCAUCUGCGAAGGCUUCUUCCCUUCUGCAGAGCCGUGAAUCAAAUUGGACUGUCGGCCAAACAGUUCAAACAAGCAGUGGACCAGUCAAUGGUCAUGCUGCUUUGAAUGAAUCACAAGUAUCCGAGUACUUGGGGAUUCCGUUCGCCAAACCACCAAUUGGAGACCUAAGAUUUGCGGCGCCAGUUGCAUAUAAUGGAACCGCGAUUGUCAAUGGUACCAGUUUUGGUUAUACCUGUCCUGCUCAAAUUACCACAUAUAACAUAACACUAGUCGAACAGUCCAUUGUUUCUUUGGUCCCAGGAACACAAGUUUUGCAGAGACUUGGAAAUCCUCUGACGGCACAGAGCGAAGAUUGCUUGACGUUGAACGUAUGGACGAAGCCACAGACUGGCGAUUCUAAGAAGGCUGUAUUAGUGUGGGUCUACGGAGGUGGCUUCAGCAGCGGUUCUAGUUCCAUUCCAGCAUAUAAUGGACAGCAUAUUACGGAACAAGAGGAUGUGAUUGUGGUAUCUAUCAAUUAUCGAGUCGAUAUUUUUGGGUUUCCGGGAGACCCAAACAGUACCGCCAAUGUUGGACUUCUCGAUCAAAGAUUGGCUGUUGAGUGGAUUCGGGAUAACAUCGAAAACUUUGGUGGUGAUACAUCCCGCAUCAUCAUAUUUGGACAGUCAGCCGGCUCGGCAUCGGUCGACUUUUACAAUUAUGCUUGGGUUGCAGACCCUAUUGUUGCUGGUUUCAUUCCAGAAUCUGGCACAGCAUUGAGUUGGGGUCUACCAAAUAAAGCAGAUAAUGCUGCUUUGGCUUGGUAUAAUGUUACGGAAGCCUUAGGGUGUGGUGGAGCAUCCACUAGCAAUGUUACUGAUUGCAUGCGCACCAAAACCACUGCCGAUAUCAUCAACGGUCUAUCAUCCACCUCUGGAUCUGGGACCACUUUAGGAAGCUUUGGUCCUACCGUCGAUGAGACCGUAGUGUUUUCUAACUAUACUGAACGCUCCUUAGCCGGCAAUUUCACCAAAAAGCCCGUUCUUAUUGGAAAUAACGACAACGAAGCUGGAUUGUUCAUCGCCACAAGUUCUCUGCAAGGUUUGAGCUAUCCAGAUGCCUAUUGGCAAACCUUCAAUCUAAUCAGCUUCACUUGUCCAAGUGGUUACCGCGCAAACUAUUCGAUCCAAGCUGAUGUUCCAACCUGGCGUUAUCGCUACUUCGGUUCUUUCCCCGAUACAAUGAUCAUUCCUAAUGCUGGUGCAUGGCAUUCUGCCGAAAUCCCUCUUCUAUUCGAUACAAACAUCGCGGAUCCUCCUGAGACAAUCGAGCAAAUAGCAAUCGGAAAGUAUAUGCGUGGAGCAUGGGCAGCGUUCGCCAAGGAUCCUGAAAAUGGCUUGACGAAUUAUGGGUGGCCAAAAUAUGAGGCUGGAAUGGAUACGCUCAUUAGGUUGGCAUACAAUAAUCAGACAGGCACGAAUCUUGCAAACCCAUCGUUAUAUGAUGCAAAUUGCCCAGUAAUAAGUGCCGCUAGCACGGUUACAAAUGGUUCAACGUCGACUUCGACGGGAACUUCAACGAGUAGCACGAGCUCUGCACCCGCAGCGAUAUCAUCUUCUGGGGCAGGGAGUGUGCAAGUUGGGUUUAUGGGAUUUGUGGGAGUAGUGGGAACUGGAAUGGCUUUCUUGUUGUAA